AUGGUGCUGAUCGAAGGCCGCCGGCGCGAUCAGCAGCAUGCAGCGCCGCCUCAAGGUCAGAAGAGGCAAGCUGAAGAUGCGGCACAGGCCGCGGCAAAGCAGCCGCGCACGGACGCACCAAAUCUGGGGGCCAUCAUUGCUGCUGCGCAGGCAGCGCAGGCUGCCCACGCCCAGGCUGGCACUGCUCCAGGCAGUGCUCCCAGCACCGCUCCAGCUCUGCCAGCGACGGCUCUGCCGGCCGGAACUACCCUAGGAGCGCCACCAGCUCCCGGGGCGAAUGCGCAGACUGCGGCUGUCCUCGCGGCUUUGGCGGCUCAGCAGUCCGCCGCAGCUACGCCUCCGCCACCUCCAAACCCAGGAGCUCUGGCUAUCCUCCAGGCCUUGGGAGGAGCUGGGGCGGCGGGCACUGCAACUGCACCGCCUGCUCCAACACCCGGUGCGCCAGCGCCGGCAGCGUCCACGUUGUCGCCGCAGGCGGCAGCUGUUAUUGCUGCGCUUGUGGCUGCGCGGCAGCAGGCGCCACCAGGUGCCCCAGCCCCAACUGCUCCCAGCACCGCCCCAGCUCUGCCAGCGACGGCUCUGCCGGCCGGAACUACCCUAGGAGCGCCACCAGCUCCCGGGGCGAACGCGCAGACUGCGGCUGUCCUCGCGGCUUUGGCAGCACAGCAGUCCGCCGCAGCUACGCCUGCCCCGCCUCCAAACCCGGGAGCUCUGGCUAUCCUCCAGGCCUUGGGAGGAGCUGGGGCGGCGGGCACUGCAACUGCACCACCUGCUCCACCCGGUGCGCCAGCGCCGGCAGCGUCCACGUUGUCGCCGCAGGCCGCAGCUAUCAUCGCUGCGCUCGUGGCUGCACGGCAGCAGCCAGCUGCAGGAGUACCAGGCUCAUCUUCGCUGCUGCCUGCACCUCCAUCAACGGCUGCUCCAGCAGCUCCACCCAGUGGCUCUGGCCAGAUCGACCUCUUUGCCCACCUGGCAGCAUCCGCCCGCAUCAAUGCAGCCAUGAACGCCGCAUAUCAGCCUGCAGAAGAGCAGCCGCCACCCCAAGCGCCAGAACCUGCAGCCUUCGAUAAGGAUGCAUUGAAGCGGCUUGCACAGCGAGCAGCGGAGGGGCCGAUUGAGGAGCUGCCACCCCCACCCCCGCCAGAGUCCAAGAAGCCUGUGGAAACAGCGCCAGAAGCUGUGGAGGAACCAGCGCCGCAGGUUGAAGAGGCAGAGGAAGAUGGCGGAGGAGCAGCGGCCCCCGAGGCUGAGAUGAAUGGAGCUGCCCAAGCAACGCCGGCGCCGGAGGUGGAGGUGAAGAAAAAGGACUCCUCAUCCAUUGCAACAAUGCUCAGUCACGCACAAAGCAACGUGGCGAAGGGCAAGGUGCCUGCUGACAAAGUUGUUGACACGGCUUCACUGCAGCAGGCCUUCACAAUUGGAGGAGGUGCCAGCGGCAACACCUUCAACGUUAAAGGGCUGACGCCCCUGGACAGUCUGUGUCAGCGAUUAGAGUCAGUAGGCACUAGUUUGGGCUCCGAAGACCGCAAGGAUCUCCAGCAGCAGAUCACGGCGCUGCUGCCGAAGCUGGAGCCGCAGAAGGCCGCGGACCUGGUGAGCCGAAUCCCUGGCGCGGAGGGUCUCCGCACCGCGGCUUUCCUGGACGAGAUCGCUCGGCUGCUUCCCGCCUCACGCUUCCCCAGUCCUCAUUUGACGCGGAUUUUGGCCGCCUUGGCCAGCUGGGCUGCGGCUGUGAGUGGCAGCGAUGCCGAUGGGAAGCCCAAGUUGUCCGAGGAUGCAAGGUCCUUCUUCACAACCACAGCCGCAGAGCUUUCCUUGAGGUUGAUGGACGUGGCUCCUAGAGAUCUCAGCCAGAUCGCCAAUGCCAUGGCUACCAUUGGUCAGACAGAGGAGCGCUUCUUCGCCUCGCUGGCGCGCGCCUCCGUGGCGCGCUGCGAACGGUUCUCGGUGGAGGACAUCCUCCUGCUGUGCUUGGCCUUUGACAAGGCCGGGCUGGUGCACGUACCGCUGCUGGAGGCGGCAGCCAAGCUGCUGAGAUUCCAGGUAUCCCAGGUGCCAGGGUCUGACUUGGCCAGAGGCCUGAGAAGUCUCGCGACCUGCUGCGUGAGAGACAUGGAGUUGGGCAAAGCCGUGGGGGAGUACUUGGCACAGGGCCCGAAGGGCGGCCUGACGCCAGAAGAGUUCUGCUCACUGGCCUGGACGUUCGUGACACUCGGCUUCUACCACGACCAAAUGUUCCGGGCCGUCUUCAAGGCCUUGGAGGAUGCGCCCACGAUGCCGGGAGACACUCUUUGCCAGCUCUACGAGAUCCACAUGGCAUUGAAGGUCUUCAGGGAUGAUUUCUACAGCAAGUACGAGCUGGAGGAGUCGGUAGUCCAGAGCUUGCGGGCUCAUUACCGGAAGCAGCGCGGUGGCAAGUUGCGGGACAUGAAGCUGGAACGUUCCGUGGAGAAGGUUUGCAAGGACAUCGGUGAGUGCCUUCAGAAAGUGGUCAUUGGCUCUGUGUCGCGGCAACACCAAACAGAGCUUGGGAUGGCUGUGGACAUUGCCGUGACUGCCAAGAGAGCCUCCAAGCCAAUCGUUUUCAUUGAGGUGGAUGGCUCCCACUCCUUGAUGAAAACGUUGGAUCUCACAGGGCCCUCACCUUCGCAGAUCUCCAGGGUACGAGGCCCGGUGCUGCUUAAGCGCUACUUGCUGCAGAAGCACGGCUUCCGGAUCGCGGUGGUGCCUGAAGACUUUUGGCGCAGUCUGGGUGACACCAGAGAGAAGCGGGACUUCCUCCGGGAGCUGCUGCGGAGCGCCGGCGUGCCCUCCAAACUUCUGUGCGUCAUGACGGAUCCGGGUGUAGUGCCUCCCAACUGGGGCUUCUACAUGGGGGACGAGACCAAGAGAAGAAGGUACUGCAAGAUGUGCAAUGUUUGGAAGCCGGAUCGGACACAUCACUGUAGCAUUUGCAACCGCUGUAUCCUGAACAUGGACCAUCACUGCCCGUGGAUCAACAACUGUGUCGGCUUUUACAACCGCAAGUUCUUCAUUCAGUUGCUGUGUUACGUGUACCUGAGCCUUAUCAUAGUUGUGCUCUUCACCAUUCCAGAGAUGUAUACCCGCAUGCAAUCAAUUUAUUGCCUGGAGAGCAUUGAGACAGUGAUCCUGGCGAUUGCGUUUUGCAUGGCCUCGUUUCUGAUUUGUACCCUGACCAACUUCAUCAAGUUUCACAUCAAGCUGGUUCUGGAGAACUACACGACCAUUGAGAAUAUUGAUCGUGAGGAGGGUGCAAAGAGCAAAUUUGACAUUGGACGCCGAAGGAAUUGGGAACAAGUUUUCGGGCAAAAUCCAUGGAUGUGGUGGAUCCCUUUCCACACUCAGGCAUCAAGGCCCAUCGGCGAUGGAGUAAGAUGGCGCGUGCACUACACGCGGGUCAUAGACGAGGAUGAGGAGUUACCGGCAGAUGAGGAGGGCAUGUCACAAGCAAGCAGACUUCUCAACAGCCAGGGAAAUGCGGGCUCUGCAAACCGACCAUCUGGACGAUAG